AUGGAUUUGGACCCUGAGCAAAUAUUUUAUCUUUGUUGAUCCAAUUCUUUUGAUUUGCUUCAUAUUAUGUUAGCUGAAAUAAUAAGGUUAAUAGAAUCUCGUAUACAACUAGAUGAAGGACAGAGAGGAAUAAGAGCAUUAAUACAGCCGAAUUCAGCGUUAUUUUCAGCUGCCAGAGAGCUUUCAGGCCUGAAAAGUAUAGGGAUUCUGACUGGGUUCCCAUGCAUUCAGAAUAAUAAUCCUCCAAUUGAAAAUGAUGGGAUUGGAGGAACUCUAGCCAUUGCAAGAGCUAUUGAAAGUUGUGGAGGACACUCAACAAUUCUUAUUGAUUCUCCAUAUGUAGAGGUAAUCAAAAACUUAUCUGAUUGGCACAAUCUACAAUAUGGGUCUCAUAUAAAUGUGUCUUCAAGCAGAAACUUAGAGUUUGAUGGGAUUGUUUCUAUAGAGAGAUCAGGAAGAGCUAAAGAUGGGAACUAUUAUACAAUGAGAGGGAGAAAUAUUUCAAAUCUCUUAGAACCACUUGAUGUAAUUUAUAUGGAAGAUAAAGACAUUGGAGUCAAAGUUGGGAUUGGGGAUGGCGGAAAUGAAGCUGGGAUGGGGAAUUUGAUUGGACUGGUGGAAAGAUAUAUACCAAAUGGGGAACUAAUUGCUUGCAAUGUUAGGUGCCAUCAUCCAAUAGUUUCGUCUGUUUCUACAUGGGGUGGCUAUGGCUUAGCUUUUGCGAUGUGCUUAUGCAAGAAUGUUCCAGCUGUUGUUAAUAAUGCUCAAGAGAGACAAAUAGCAGAAAAAAUAUGUGAACUUAAUAUAAGAGAUGGAGUUACAGGUUUGCCGACAGUUUCAAUAGACGGACUAGACUGGUCAGUUACUGAUAAUAUUAUCACUGAUCUAUCAAGGCUUGCUAAUUCUUACUCCGCACAGUUAUGGAGUGUGGAUCAUAUUACUAUUUUAAAAUAAAAAAUAUCAACUAUUUUUAUUGUCAUAAUUUUUUAUAGAAUAAUUUAG